UCCAACUUCUCCUGUAUAUACGCCAUCAUCGCCAAGUACUACUGCUAAUUACACUCCAACUGCAAGCUCAUCGUAUAGCCCUGUAUCAUCAAUCACUGCAGCUCCCGGUCUCAAUGCGGCUACAUAUAGUCCAACAAUUGGGUCUUCGUCAAUAAAUUCUGGUUCACCGUCAUCACCGCGCUAUAGUCCUACGUCACCUGCAUAUUCUCCAUGA